AUGUCCAGUGGUAUUCCGCAAACAGUUGCAAGAAUCGCCGUUGAAACUGAAACGGAAUCAGAUAUAAAUUCCUACAAACAACCUUCUACAUAUGAAAGUGGAACCAUUGAAGUACCAACAGCAGAUAAACAUGUGCUUCAUUCUCCAAUAACAAGGAGAAAACAGCAUAUCAUACAGAAAAGUAAGCUGUCACCGCAUUGUGCUAAGCUUUACAGGCAAUACAGAAGAUCACAGAGGCAGCUUAAUUUCAAAACACGAGUGAAAAAGGCGGUGAAGCAAGCAAUGGCGAUAAUGAAGCAGAGCCUAAAGUGCUAUAGAUUUCUUCAGAGAAUAUUUAUCUUACCGUCAAAAUAUACCAUAAACAAAAUGAUCGCCAAAUUGAAUUAG